UUUUGAACGAAAUUUUUCAAUGGUUUUGAAAUAAAACACCAAUAAAAGCUGUUUGACGAAAAUAUUAGUCAUUCCUUGAUAUAGGCCUGUGUGAAGUGUUAACGGUAAAUCAGUUUAGCGCUGAAAAGAUGAUGCUUUUAUAAAUUGUGUGUGAAACUGGAGAGGAGAUUACGACAAGACGUGCAAAAUGGCUGAUAGAUUUGAGUCUGAAAUUGCCAGAUUGCGUGCUGAAAAUGGAUCGCUCUCUGAAGAACUUGCCCAAGUUCAGGCUGACAAAGAAUUUGUCUGGUCAUUAUGGAAGAGGUUACAGGUGGCUUCUCCUGAUCUCACGCAAGCUGUCAGUUUGGUUGUAAAGCGGGAAAAGGAAAAGUCUGAAAUCAAGGAUCGGAAAGUUCUUCAGAUCCUUCAGGUGAAAGACGAGCGUAUUGAAGAGCUGCAGAAGAUAGUGACGACACUGACGGCAGAUCUGAAAGCCUUGGCUAAACGUAAGGCAGAUCUGGAGACAAAGGUCUCACGGCUGACAGAGGAAUUGUGCGAUCAGAAUGAGAAGAACAACUACCUUGACCAGCAGAUACGAAGCAGAAGUAACAAGGAGAAGACCAUUGAUGGCCUUCAUAAACAACUCAUAGAGGGAUUUGAGAAAGACAAGUUCGACCUCAGUCGCCAGCUGUCUGAACUGAAGGCAGACGCCAUUGCACUCAAGACGGAAAAUGCUGACCUGAACGCCAUCAAAAUCGUUCAUGACAACAAGAUCAAGAACUUGCAGCUUGAACUGAAGGAAACAAAAACGAGAUAUGAGACAGUUUAUGACGAGGCUGAGGAGUUGAGACGUUGUUUGGGCAAACAUGACCUUGACUUCAAGAAACACGAUGCUCAGAUAGAGAGCAAGGACAGUGAGCUGCAUAUGGUUAAGAAGGAACUGUCCGAGCUGUGGUGCACUCACAAGAAGUGUAAGGGACACGCCGUGGAGCAAGCAACACUCAUCCAUCAGCUACAGAACCUGCAGCAGGAGACACAGAAAAUGAUGAAGAACCAAGAUGAAACACAUCUGCUUGAGAUUAAGUCCGUCCAAUCCAUGUAUGAUGAGCUGGAGAUCAGACACGGAGACCUGAAGAAUUUGGAGGUCAACUUACGUCAGGAAUGUUUGAAGUUGAAAGAGCAACUCAUGUCCAAGAAUGACCAGAUUUGUGAACUCCACCAGAACCUGAAAGACGCCGUCGAAGAUACAACAAAAUGUGUGAUGUCACAGACGAACCUGGAGCCGUCGAACAUGUGCGUCCAGGCGACUGAACCCAUCAUCGAUUAUGAGUUCAAACUGAAGGGCAUGAAGGCUGAGCUGGACAUUGUGAGAGACAGGCUCAAGGAAAAGAACAGACAGGCUCAAGGAAAAGAACAGGUAGGCCUCUGUUAUGUGUUCAAACUGAAGGGCAUGAAGGCUGAGCUGGACAUUGUGAGAGACAGGCUCAAGGAAAAGAACAGAAUCAUCAAACAACUUCAGAACAGAUCGAUCAACUCUGAUGAUGAUGAGCUGGAGAUUGCACCGAUUCUGUUGAAGCCAAGUCCAAACCUCUCCUCCACACUCAACAAAUGUGGCUCGAGAUCAAGAUCAGAGUCUCCAGUGAAAGGAGGGGAGAUCCAUGUCAAGUACCAAGUGCUACAGAAGAGGUUUAAGAAUACUCAGGAGAUGCUCCAACUCAAGACCAAGGAGCUCGCUGAACUGAAGGCGGCUCAUGACAAACGACUCCAGAGAAUGAAGUCGGUGAAGAAUGAUUUCAAGUUGGUGAAGGAUCAACUCCGUGUUCUGGAAGAAGAAUACCAUGGCCCCAAGAAGAAGAAGAAGCUGAUGAGGCCAGAACCCAAGUCCCUUCAGAAAGAAGACACUGACACUGUAUGGAAUGAACUCACACAUUUCAAGAAUGAAAACAGAAAUUUGAUGGUUGAAAGGAUGGACCUCCAAGAAGAGCUGGACAAUCUGAGAGUGCAAGUGACCCAGGAUGCGGCUACAGUCCAUGAACUCAAGGCUGCUCUGCAGCAGGAGAGAGAAGAGGUUGAAUUCCUGAAGAUUCAAGAAGAACGAAACCUCACUCCAAGGAAGAAUUUCAAGGAAGAACUUCGCUCCAUUCGACUGCAGUUACAGAAUAAAGAGGGCGCAUUGGAGAGGUUGACAAGUGAGAAGCAGGAGCUGGAGGAACUGAAGGAGAAGUGGGGUGGAGAGAAGAGGAUACUGAAGGCUGAAGUAAACACAUGUAAACAACAAGUGGCUGAGAAGAGAAUGGAAAUAGCUGACCUCAAGAAGGAGAUCUCAAGGUUGCAGCGUGAAGUUUACCGCCGCGGUGCCUCUAAGAGGAGUGGCAAGUCGAAGAAGAAGAAUCAGGCUAAAAAGUUCCAGCGCAGUUUGAAUCACUCGAUUGAGGAGAUGAACCAGCUGGUGGACAACUUUGGUGACGAUGGAUGGGAGGAGGUCUCAAGUGACAGUGAUGAAGAGGAUGACUCCAGCACCUGGUCAAGCACAGACACCGAGGGUCAACAUGCCACGGCACGCACUCAAGAAAGCUUAGGUGUUGCCAUAGUGAGGGCUGCGAAGGGAACUGGUGAUCAGCUGCAAGAGACUCCCAGUUCUAACAAGACAUCGGAUAGACAGGUUGAAUCUGUUGAGGAUCACAUCCGACGCAUGAACAAUAAAAACGAGCCUCCUGUCAGAGAUGACGAGCUAGCCAAGAAGAAACGGCCGAGGGUAGUGCCUAAGAUACAGUUGCAUCCAGUCUCCACGCAGACAUCAUCCUCGAAUGUUGUGCCCAUCAUUGGCCACUGGAAGAGGAAAGUAUCUGGACACGGAGUCUACCAGAUGAACACCCUCAAACAGAGGCUUGGAGCCUUACAACAGCAGCUUCAGGUCCUGCGAUCUUCCAAGGUCACCCUCAGUAAGUCUGUCAAUGAGUAUAAGGACAUUAAUGAGCAACUCCAGGCAGAUCUAUCACUAGCCAAUCAGAGGCUGAGGAUGUUGCGUAAUAACAACCAGAAAUUGGUGCUAGAUAUGGACCGCAUUCAGCAUGAAAAGAUGAGCCUGCAGACGAGGUUGUCUCUGAAGGAGGAGAGUGAUGCCUCGUCACCCAACACGCCGAGGACGGACAGGUCGGACCAAGACUGGAAGGCGAUGGAGAAGAGAAUGAAGAUGGCAUCAUCAGAGGUCUGUCGCCAGUCAACGCUCAUCAAAUCGCUCAAGACGGAGUUGGAUGAAAAAGACCAACAGCUGAAGACACUCCAAGAAAAGCUAGGUCGUCUUGAAAGAGACAACUCCCAGAAACGCAUCUUGAUUGAGGACAACAGAUUACGCUUGAAGAUUGCACAGGAACAUGAGAAGACAGAUAUUGCUGCAUUUGAUGACCUUGAAGCAAGAGUGAAGCAACUCACAGAGACAACAGAGAAACAGAAGACUUCAUUAGAGUCUUGCAGGAAGAGACUAUCAGUUGUGACUCGGGAGAAGAGAGAACUUGAUGAGCAGUUUAUCCGCACUAAAGCUGAACUGGAACGAAAGACAAGGACGGCAGCAGAACUCCAUGCCAAGAACAUCGACCUGGAGAGUAUGUGCACGGAGCUUGAAGCAGCAGCACAGGAUCAGUUACGUGAGUUGGCGAGGAGGAGUGAGGUGGCCAUUGAUACAGCUCAUACCAAGCUCAGGCAGGCUCACGACACCGUGCAAGGCUUCCAGAUAUUUGUUCAGACCUUGGCAGACAAUCUGUUGGACUCGACCCAGCACGCGAGAACUGUGGCCAUGGAGCGUGCCCGGCACCAGGCAGCUGCAGCAGCUGUCAGUGAGGAUGGGUCCCAAGAUAGCGGUGUAGCUGUGAGGGCCGAGUCUCUUCAGAAGGCCCAGCAAUUGGCCAAGAAUAUCUUGAAUAUCAGUGAUGCAGAUCUCGAAGACAUCAUGAAUCCGCAUUCUCAGCCUGAGGAGCCUCAGAAGGAGGAAUUGGAAGCUACGAGGAAGAAGGACCGAAAGUGGGUGAAGAAGUGUGAGAAGAUUCUUGCCAGGGAGGACUUUGCUAUGCCACUCGUCGAGACAUUUAUGGAGAAGGUGGAGGAGACCAUGAUGCUCCUCGGUCCGGCUUAACAUUACAUUCUUUAUCAGUGAGGAAAAUGUGUUGGAAAUAACUAAGUUUGCCGAGUUCCCUCCCUGAUCCAGGUUCAUUGACCACACUUUUGGCAUACAUGUAAUUUCUUUCUCACGCUGGAGAGUGUCAUAAUGUUGUGAAAUCUUCAGUUGACCAUUAUUCAGGAUCUAUUAUUGUGAUAAAUCAAGAGUGGCUUAUUCAAAUUGGAAGUGUGGUUUAUAGAUUUCCAUGGAGCUGGGUAGAUUGUUUCGGAGGUGGAGGAUAGAACUACUCUGUCAGGUGCUCACAGGAGAUAUAUGGAAAACUAUGAACCUUUGUAUUAUACUCAUGGAAAGUGCUCCACCUUUUUGACAAUUGGUGUAAAAUUUCUGAAACAAAGGCUAUUUCAUCUUUAUCACCGAGUUACUAAACUUGUUUGUAGAGCACUUUCGGUCGGUGGAAUCAAGUAUGUUUCAAGACCAUACUUCGUAGUAUCUAUGUAAUGGUAGGCAAAACUAAAGAACAUUAGCAAGUAUUAUAGAAGUGUUUAUUACACAAUGAAGAAAAUAGCUGUUGGGGUAAAUGGAAUAGUUAUUUUGGAAAAUAUGAACAAGUAAUCAACCAUGCAAUAAUAUGUACAUGUAAUAGGCUUGUGAAAAAGGGGGGUAGGAGCUGUCUUCCACAAGCAUUUAUCAUUGGAGAAUGGACCUUUGCUGGCAAAGGGUUAUAUUUUUGGCUAUGGAAACCUUUUACAAUCUUUAUAUGUGCCACGACGUCAAGAGAAGGUACUGUUAGCUGUAUCAAUAAAUAGUUUUAUAUCAGA